GACUGCAGACAUGAUACAGGAGAUGACCAGAGACUGCAGACACGAUACAGGAGAUGGUCAGAGACUGCAGACACGGUACAGGAGAUGAUCAGAGACUGCAGACACGAUACAGGAGAUGGUCAGAGACUGCAGACUUAGUACAGGAGAUGGUCAGAGACUGCAGACUUAGUACAGGAGAUGGUCAGAGACUGCAGACAUACUACAGGAGAUGGUCAGAAACUACUGACAUACUACAGGAGAUGGUCAGAGACUGCAGACAUACUAAAGGAGAUGGUCAGAGACUGCAGACAUACUACAGGAGAUGGUCAGAGACUGCAGACAUGGUACAGUAGAUGGUCAGAGACUGCAGACAUACUACAGGAGAUGGUCAGAGACUGCAGACAUGGUACAGAAGAUGGUCAGAGACUGCAGACAUGGUACAGGAGAUGGUCAGAGACUGCAGACAUGGUACAGGAGAUGGUCAGAGACUGCAGACAUGGUACAGGAGAUGGUCAGAGACUGCAGACAUGAUGCAGAAGAUAGUCAGAGACUGCAGACAUACUACAGGAGAUGGUCACACACUGUAGACAUUGUAUAGCAGAUGGUCAGGGACUGCAGACAUGAUACAG